AUGGUUCCCUUGGCAGUGCCCCAGAGUGACCAUCAGGAGAAGCCAGGGGUGUCUGCGUACAGCCACAAGAUGUUUAGCGCCUCAGUGGCCCGAAAGAUGGCACCUACUGAGGAGAAAUUUACACUCCGUUGGGCACUGAAGCAGGUCAUCCUCUAUAUUUGGUCCUCACUGUCUGGUCACCUUCUAUGCCCAUAUGUCAAGAAUACCCCAAUGAAGGGCUUCAAAGAGAGCACUAAACUUAGCGCCCAGGAAGAGGAAGACGUUAAGGUCCUUGGAGACAUUGAGGAAAAACCACUGAAGCAGGAGGAAGACCUCAUCGCCAUCAAGAGGCCGGGUACUGAUGCCAGUGAGCAUGCGCAGUCUGCGUUUAGGCCUCUGGUGGUCAAUGGAGUUCUUUCUUCCUUUGCACCCAGGCCUGGGCCUCUAAACAGCUGUUCUAACCGCUCAGAAGGUAGUCUGAUUAAUACACCCCAGGUCUCUUUUAUGCCUAUUUGCAGCAAACGUAAUGCAAUUACCAGUUCAUAUAGUUCCACUCGUGGCUUAUUGUUGCUGCAAAGACGUGUGCCAGCCAGAUCCUCUGGCUCACACAUACUCAAUUCUCAAGUGCCGGCAAAAAAAGUGAAUGAGGAAGAUCAUCAGAUUAGCUGUUCAGCCUCAGUGAUACCGGAAGAGAGGCUACAGGAAGAAAAGAGUUUAGAUACUACCCCUCAGCAAAAGCAACAGUUUGAGAAAUCCGCACUCACACGAGACCGCUCCAGGCCUUGCAAACGCAAGAUUCCUCUGCUGUUGCCCAGUAAGCGAGGAGGCCCAUUGAUCCUGCCGCCAGCACCCGAGCUAGGUUAUCAAAUCACUAUUGAGGACUUUGAUUUGGAGAAGAAAGCUGCAAUCAAUUAUAUCAACAAGAUCUUGAAGGAGCCGGUCUCUGCGCUCCUGGCGGUGCUCGCCUUUAUCCAUCUUCCCGGGUCCUCCGCGCCCGCCUCUUCGUCCUCCCAUCUGUUCCAUCAGUGGUCCAGGGGGCCCCCCAGGACCCCCACGUCUUCCUCCACCAAAACCACCUCGGUCCAUGCCCCGGCCGCCACGGAAGCCACCUCUGUCUCCACCACGACCACCUCUGAACAUUCCACCUGGACCACCACGGUCCAUGAGGCCACCUCUGCCGCCACGCAUGCCACCAGGGCCACCUCUGCCGCGGUCACCACCCAGAGACAAACUGAUGGAGGCGACGAUGACGACGACGACAAGGUGGAGCCACAGGACCCUCAUAAGCCAGUCUGA